AUGGAAUCGAUUGAAAGAAGAACAGAACUGAUUCUUUCUAUUGAAAAUUCUCAAAUCUAUGAGGUUCGUGAAGAAAAUCGCUACUUGUUAGCAUCAGGAGAACUGCAAAUAAUUCAUUCAUUAUCUGAAAAUAUUUAUCUUAUUUCAAUCGGUGAUUUCUCUUAUUCGCUAUUCAAUGAGCUUGCAGUCCUCAGAAAUCAUAAAAAUCAAUACUUCUUCCCAAACAAUGAUGGAGUUAUUGAGCUGAUAUUCCCUGAUCAAGCUGAUGAGCUUGAGAUCGAAGUUUUUGAAAUAUUUCUACAGCAGCAUACAACAUUAGCUAACAUUAAGCAAGCUUCAGAAUUUAAUCAACCUCAAUAUAUUGAAUUAAAUCAAGAAUGAAGCGAUAUUAUAGAGGACAAUCCAAGAAAUCAAGAUGUUAGACAAGUGUCACAAAAAAUUAAAGCUGGAAUUAUCAAAGGAGCUGAAAUCGCAACAGAAGGGAUUAGACAAGGAGGGGAAUAUCUAAAAAAUAAAAUCACCCCAGAAAAAGUAGAAGAAUAUAAAGCUAAAGCACAGAUUGGACUAUUUAUGGCCAAGGUUAUGGCGAAUAGAGCAAUUGAUGCCACAAGCCUAGUAGCGCAGAAUUUUGUUACAAAUCUUCAAAAUUCUGAUAUCAGAAAUAAUAUUCAAAACUCUGAAACUUAUCAAUCUGCAAGAGAAUUAGGCAGAUCUAGCCUACUUGCAGCAAGCACAAUAUAUGAAGGCUUAGAAAAUGCAGUAAAUAUCCUAAGAGACGCAGGAAAUACAGCAAUAAACGAAAUAAGAUCAAGCCGGCAGCAAGGAUAUAGCAGACCUGAAGAAGAAAGACAUGAAUAA